AUGUCUGCUACAUCUGGAACUGUUCUUCCUGAUGCAGCUGUCUAUAGGAGACUCGUGGGUUGUCUUCUAUACUUGACACAUACGCGUCCUGACAUCACAUAUGCAGUCCACAAACUGAGUCAAUACAUGUCUGUCCCUACUGAUACUCAUCUGCAAGCGGCAUAUAGAGUACUUCGUUACUUGAAGAAUGAUCCAGGCCAAGGUCUGUUUUACUCUGCGAACUCGGCACUGAAGCUUACUGCUUACUCUGACGCUGACUGGGCUGCUUGUCCUGACUCACGGCAGUCUAUCACCGGGUACUGUGUCUUUCUUGGUGACUCUUUGAUCUCGCGGCGGUCCAAGAAGCAACAGACAGUAUCUCGGAGUAGUUCUGAAGCUGAAUACAGAGCUAUGGCCGACGCAACCUGUGAGCUUAUAUGGCUAUCUACGAUCUUGACUGAGAUUCAUUGUCCUCCUUCAGCCCCUGCUACUCUUUUUUGUGAUAAUCAAUCUGUUCUUUACAUUGCUUCCAACCCAGUGUAUCAUGAGCGUACGAAGCACGUUGAGAUUGAUUGCCAUGUGGUACGUGAGAAGCUACAGAGCGGGUUCUUGAAGACUCUACAUGUUUAG